AUGGAUCCUGCCACGAGGGAAUGGUUCAACUCUCACGAUGCAGAGAUCUCAGAUGAACCACUGCCUCUGAGAGACGACCUCGAAGAUCAAAGACAUUAUGAAUGUAUUGAAGGAAAUGAUCACAUCUAUGAACCAACUAUACAAGGACACAUUCUCCCGUCGAAUGAAAAACCAAAACCAAGAAGUAGCAGUGACAGUGCUCAGACGCAGGAGGCCGUCAGAGGAAUACAGAGGAACAGGUUUUCGGAAUAUUUGCCCGGGCGACAUGGCAUCCCCCCUCCUCCUCUGCCCCCAAGAGGACCUCUCCACAGAGCACAGCCUGCUGAAAACCAAGGGGCCAUUCCCAGAUUUAACAGGUCGAGGACGGAAUGUAUGGAUGUAUGGAAUAUUUUCCUGGAGGACACUCCACAAGGCAGCACCAAAACACUGGCCUCUCUCAGUUCAUCUGUGUCUCAGCUCAUGUCGUGUUACAAACACACUGAGGAGCACAACACGGGCAGAGUGUGGGCACGACUCUCCUACAUCCACCCAGCUCUGCUGCAGCAGGUGGAGGUCACUGUGAGUGUGGCUACAGACUGGGGUCAUCACCAGCUGCCUUUCCCCGCCCCAGUGAACCAAACAGUCGCCAGUGUGAUUGAUAAAGCCUUUAAUUUACUGGACCUGCCCCGCAGCACCAACGGUCGUUAUGUAUUAAAACUGUGUAACUCUGAGGAGUACCUCCACAAUGAGGAGCUCUUGGGAAUGCAUGAAACCAUCCAAACCUACUGCAAGUUCAACAACAUAGUUCCGCUGCGCCUGCUGCACAUCAACGACUUCAGGCACGGUCUGGCACGAGACGGGGAGGAUGACCUGAGGCCCUGCCAGCUCUUGCUGUUCUUGCGCUCUGGAAGUUUCUUCAACGUGAGCAGUGUGAGUCUGCGGGAAAUACUCAGUGACUUCAACAAAGAGGUGGAAAACUUCAUGAAGAGACAGGCCAGUCUGAAUGUCCCUGCGAUUGUGGGAUGCAUCCGCACCAUGAUCAAUCUUCUGUACGGAGUCUCCACUCAGGAGCUGGAGGAUGCUAUUGGGAUGAUCAACCGCAUCAACCCAUUCCCCAUGAGCCCAGAAGAUAAGUCUCAAUGUGAAACUGCUAUCCUCACUCUGCACAAGGCCGUGGAAAAACUUUUGCACAUAUUUUUUGACAACUUCCAGUCUGACUUUAGGCCUCUUGGUGUCAAAAACAAUCCUCCAAUUUGUGACAUUGAAGAAGCAAACGAUAUUCUUCAGUUCAAUGUUGCAGCUCUUUACAAACUACAGCCUGCUUGGAUGAGUUAUGAGUGCUUUUGUGUUUAUUGUGACCUGUUAUACGUAAAUACAAAGAUUUGCGAGAGUGGCAUUUCUGACAACAUUAGCCCAAAAUUAGCUCUGCACGGAAACAAGAUUCAGUGCAACAGGCUGAUGGUGUUCCCUAUUCAAUUAAAGAACAUUCCUUAUGAGUGCAUGUUGAGGUUUCGGUUGAUGGGCUCAAAAAAGGGGAAAAAUCCUGAGCUGUUGUGUUGGGCUGUGCUGCCUCUCUUCAGUCACGGGUGCUUGCUGACUGGGACUGUGCUUCUCAGUAUGUCCACCCUCCCAGAGCACACUGCGCCUCCUUCCCCCGCUCUGACUGACGCACACAGGGAACCCGCUGGGACCCUCAUACAGCUCGACUUUUCACACAAGUUUGAAUGGAUCAUUCAUCGCCCUUGCGCUCUUCCAGGAUCCCCAAUUGUACAUAAAUCCUGUGUCGAUGUCCAAAAUAAAAUGCGAGAGGUGUCUAUGUCUAAGCAUUGCCUUUGCUUCCUCACCCCAAAUGAGAAGGCGUUCUUGUGGAGCAAACGAUAUUGUGCGGACAAAGAGAACACAUUCCUGCAUCUCUUGUUAGGUGGAGUGGAAGAGUGGAAUCCUGCCAGUUUAACAGAGAUCUACACCGUGGUUGACAACUGGGCUAUUCACCUGCCCGAAGAGGCUCUGUUCCUUCUCAGUGACAAUUUUCAUGACAAAACGGUUCGAAAAGCAGCGGUUCAUUACUUUGCACAGAUUCCAGACAGUGAGCUGGAAAGUUUUCUUCCACAACUGGUUCAAGCUUUGAGAAGCGAGUGGGAGCUGGAUGGACCUCUCGUUAUGCUGCUCUUGGAAAGAUCUGUCAAAAACAUUCGCAUCGCCCAGCAGCUUUUCUGGUUUUUGGAAGACGCUCACAACGAUCGCCUUUAUCAGAGCUGGUUCAGUAAAGUGCAGGCGGCUCUUCGUCACUGCUGCGGACACACUUUACGGAAGGAGCUGGAGAAUGAAGUCCGCUUGGUCUCUCUGCUCACUCAAGUGGCCGAUGAAGUCCGACAGGCUGACAAGAGCAAGCGCAAGACCAUUUUAAAUAAAGAAAAAUGCAAGAUUGAAGAUUUCUUUCACACUGGGAGGACCUGCUGUUUAGCACUGGAUCCUGCGGUACACAUCACCGGAGUGGAUCUCGAGGCCUGCAAGUUCUACAACUCCAACGCAGCUCCUCUAGGGCUCUCGUUCGUCUGCAGUGACCCUCUUGCCAACAAAGUCAGCGUCAUCUGCAAAACCGGAGACAACUUGCGGCAGGACAUGCUGGUGCUGCAGAUUGUGCGUAUGAUGGACCGUGUGUGGCUACAGGAGGGUCUCGACAUGCAGAUGGUCACUUACAAAUGCCUCUCGACAGGAAGAACUGAAGGUUUAAUCGAAGUUGUUCCAGACGCAGUGACCUUGGGAAAAAUUCAACAGGAGUGGGGUUUGAGUGGCACCAUGAGAGAUGACACUCUGGAGAAAUGGUUCCACAUGUUGAACAGAACUCAGGAAGAUUAUGAAAAGGCUGUGACCAACUUCAUCCACUCGUGCGCUGGGUGGUGCGUGGCGACUUUCAUCCUGGGAAUCUGUGACCGCCAUAAUGACAACAUCAUGCUGAAAAACACUGGCCACAUGUUUCACAUCGACUUUGGCAAAAUCUUUGGCGAUGCACAGAAGUUUGGCACAUUCAAAAGGGACCGCUCACCGUUCAUCUUUUCUUCUGAAAUGUGUCACUUCAUCACUUGUGGAAGGAAAAAGCCUCAGCGCAUGCAUCUGUUUGUGGAUCUGUGCUGCCAGGCCUACAACGCAAUCAGGGGCCGCUCUGCUCUCAUCCUCAGUCUGUUGGAGCUGAUGCUUCCCUCGGUAAUGCCCGAAGUGAAAAGCAAAAGUGUCCUCCAGUUUGUGCAAAACAACCUGCGACCACAGGAUACAGAUCUCAAGGCGACUUCCUUUUUCACAAAGAAGAUUGAAGAGAGUCUGAAAUGUGUGUUUGUGAAGAUCAUGUUUAUGACUCAUACCUUUGCUCAAGGGAAAAAAAGUGGAGGAGUGAACAGCGAGGGCGGCGGGCCUUCCAGCAGCACAAAUAUCCAGGGUGUUGUCGUUCAAAAACACUCGACGGAUGCAAAACAAGUGAUCUUUGAACUACGAAUCGACAUUGACGACGGCUACACUCUGAAGAACAUGACGUAUGCGGAAUUAGAACUGAUCCAUAAACGCAUUCAGAAGCUCUUUGUCAAUUCAGCGCUACCUCCGUUUCCUUCUCGGCUUCAGAUUCCCUUCACAGCAAGCAGAAAAAUGUCCCUUCUCAAUAAGUACUUCCAGCAGCUUUUUGAUGGGCCUUGCAGAGGGAAUGAAUAUGUGUGUACUCUAUUCACGGAUGGUCCUGAAGCGGCACAACAAACUCUAGACAAAGAAACCUGCGCUCAGAUCCAGCUCGAUGUGAGGUAUGAAGACUGCAAGCUCUCUGUGCUGAUCAAACACUUGAAGAACAUUGUGUCUAGUGACUCCGACAUUUAUGUGGUCACGCGGCUCCGACCGGAUCCACUUCUGUGCUCAAAGAGGAAAACAAAAAUGGGUCGCAAUAAUGGCAACCCAACAUUCAACGAACUGAUCGAGUACGAUGUGCCUGCGAAUGCUGUCCACGGGAUGGUUCUAGAAAUCACUGUGAAAAGUAAAAAGAAAUUUGUGGGCGCCACAAGUUUUAAACUGGAAGAGCACGUACUGAACAAGGAGCAAUGGUUUCCACUGAACAAUUGCGAAGUUUGA